CUUUUGUCAUAGAGCUAAAAACCUUUAAGGAAUAUUUGAUUUAAACAUCUUGUGGUUUCAUAGCUGAAGGAAACAAUGACAUUCGCAGACCUCCUGGAGCAGGUUGGCAGCACGGGACGCUUCCAGGUCCUGCAUGUGUCACUCCUCUGCCUUCCUGRUCUGCUGAUGGCCAGUCACAACCUGCUGCAGAACUUUGUGGCCAUGGUGCCUCCUCACCACUGCAGCCCACCCUCCAACCUCUCCGGGUCUCAGCUGAGCCCAGAGGAGACGCUGCUCAUUGCCAUCCCACUGGAUCCUGCAGGGAAACCACAGAGAUGUCAGAGAUACGCGAGCCCACAGUGGCACCUCAUGGACAAGAAUGGGAGCUCAGCUUCAGAGGAGCGUGGUGAGGAUGAGGAUGUUGUCCUGCAGGGAUGCACAGACGGGUGGUCCUACAAUAUGACUGAACAGACCUCCACUAUUAUAGCUGAAUGGGAUUUGGUGUGUGACCUGCGCUCCUAUAAGCAAAUGGGACAAACUAUUUAUAUGGGAGGUGUUCUUGUGGGGUCUCUUAUCUUUGGAAGCCUCUCAGACAGAUUUGGUCGACGUAUCCUCCUGAUUGUUUCUUAUCUGCUCAUGGCAGUUUCAGGAACAUGUGCUGCUUUCUCCUCCUCCUUCUCCCUAUUCUGUCUGUUCCGGUUUGGUUGUGGAAUGGCUGUGUCAGGCGUGGGACUUAAUACCCUCUCUCUCACUGUAGAGUGGAUCCCCACUCGRGUGCGGACUGUCACAGGGAUGGUACUGGGUUCCUGUUACACUUUGGGACAGCUGAUCCUGGCAGCCAUCGCUUACUUCAUCCGAGACUGGAGGUGGUUAACCCUGACUGUGUCACUUCCCUUCUACGUCUUCUUCCUCAUGUCAUGGUGGUUUCAUGAAUCCUCAAGAUGGUUAGCUUUAAAUAAAAAGCCUGAACAAGCUGUAAAAGCUCUACAAAGUGUGGCAAAGUUUAACGGACGACACGAAGAAGGAGAAAAGAUCGAUGUUAAUAUGCUACAGGAGUCCAUGAAAAUGGAGAUGUCUUGUUCCCAGGGAUCAUACUCUGGUCUGGAUCUGUUCCGCACACCCUACAUGAGGAUUAUAACUUUUUGUCUCAGUACUGUUGGGUUAUCAACCAGUUUUGCAUACUACGGCCUCGCGAUGGACCUCCAGAAGUUUGGUGUGGACAUCUAUUUGAUACAAGUGAUCUUUGGAGCUGUCGACUUUCCUGCUAAAGUUGCCAUGACCGCUUGCAUGAUUUUUAUUGGACGUCGGACAUGCCAAAGUGUUGCUCUCCUUGUUGGUGGAAUCCCCAUUUUGAUCAACAUUCUGGUUCCCUACGAUAAACAAAUCAUUCGAACCUGUCUGGCUGUGUUUGGUAAAGGUUGUCUUGCUGCCUCUUUCAACUGUUGUUUUCUUUACUGUGGAGAACUUUACCCAACUAUCAUUCGUCAAAAAGGCAUGGGAUGGGUGUCUGUGAUGGCACGAGUAGGAUCCAUGUUGGCUCCCUUAAUGCAGAUCACUGGYGACCACAUACCCUGGCUUCCAGGCCUGAUCUUUGGAGGAGCUCCAGUCCUCGCAGGAGUGGCAGCAAUAUUUCUACCAGAAACACGUGGCACACARCUUCCUGAUACAAUUCAGGAUGUGGAGGAGAGGGGAUCUGGAAGAAGUUCCAAGGUGUCAUUAAAGAAAGCAUCGAACCUGCAGGAAACUCAGUCGAAUCUUCUCAAACAGACUGCCGCUCUGUCUGGUGUGGCACUCAAUACCUUUUCACUCAUUUUAGAAUGGAUCCCCACUCGUGUGAGAACUGCCACAGGGACAUUAACGGCUUACUGUUACACAUUCGGACAGCUGAUCCUGGCAGCCAUCGCUUACUUCAUCCGAGACUGGAGGUGGRUAACUCUGACAGUGUCGCUGCCGCACUUCGUUUUCUUCCUCUUCUCAUGGUGGUUUCAUGAAUCUUCAAGAUGGCUGGCUAUAAAGAAUAAGCCUGAAGAAGCCGUCAAGGCUCUACAAAGUGUGGCCAGGUUUAACGGACGCCAUGAGGAGGGAGAAAAGAUUGAUGUUAACAUGCUGCAGGAGUCCAUGAAGAAAGAAAUGUCCUGUUCCCAGGGGACACAUUCUGUCCUGGAUCUGUUCCGCACACCCAACAUGAGGAUUAUGACCCUCUGCCUCAGUGCUGUCUGGUUUUCAACCAGUUUUGCGUACUACGGCCUCUCUAUGGACCUUCAGAAGUUCGGUGUGGACAUCUACUUGAUACAAGUGAUCUUUGGAGUCGUCGACAUUCCUGCUAAAGUCGUCAUAAAUGUGACUAUGAGUUUUAUUGGACGUCGGCCGUCACAAAGUGGCGCUCUCAUCCUUGCUGGAAUCCCUAUUUUGAUCAACAUUCUCAUUCCCUAUGAUAAACAAACCGUACGAACAUGUCUGGCUGUGUUUGGUAAAGGUUGUCUUGCUGCCUCCUUCAACUGCUGUUACCUUUAUUCCGGAGAACUUUACCCAACUAUCAUUCGUCAAAACGGCAUGGGAUGGGUUUCCAUGUGGGCGCGUGUCGGAGCRAUGGUAGCCCCCAUGGUCCAGCUCACUGGGGACUACAUACCCUGGCUGCCAGGGUUGAUCUAUGGAGGAGCUCCAAUCCUUUCUGGGGUGGCGGCCAUUUUUCUACCAGAAACUCUUGGCACACACCUUCCUGAUACAAUUCAAGAUGUGGAGGAAAGGGGAUCUGGAAAAAAGUCCAAAGCAUCAGAAAAGGAAGCGACACUCCUGCAGGACACUCAGUCAAAUCUCCUCAAACAGGCUGCCUGAGACGCCUCAGCUGCAGGUCCGCUGAAUGCACUGACGACUUCAUGAAAAUAAAGCAAACUGCUUCCUCCUCGCACCUGUAUAUUUGAUCUGCACAAAGUUUAUUUCCUCUCAUAGUUAAGAGACGUUUGGGGAUAUUUUUUUU